AUGGACUCGGAAAAUGAAUGCGAAGAUGACAAGUUACGUACACAUAUUCGUGUUGGUGAUGAUCUGCCCUCUGAAAUUGUCCUUGAAAAUGAUGGAAAUGAAACUAUAAGGGAUGAGGACAACAAUAAUGGCAAGGGCAAGGGCAAGUCUGAGUGGAAGCUCCUGGGGGGGUAUGAGAAUCUUCCUUUUAUAGAAAAAGAUUGCAGAAACUUUAUUAAUAAGGAAAGACACAUUCGGCUUAGUCAAGGAGGUGCUAAAGCACUUCUAGACUAUUUGAAUAAGAUGCAAGCAACCGAUAGUGGUUUCUACUUUGCAGUUGAUUCUGAUGAUGAUUCUAGGUUGAAAAAUGUGUUUUGGAUUGAUGCAAGAAGUAGGGUAUCAUAUGAAAGUUUUGGGGAUGUCGUGACAUUUGAUACAACAUACUUGCCUAACAAAUACGGUUUGCCAUUUCCUCCGUUCGUGGGAGUGAACCACCAUAGUCAGUCAAUACUUUUUGGGACAACAUUAAUAUCUAGUGAGGAUACAGAAAAUUUUGUAGGAUGUCAAAGUCUAUUAGAUAGUUAUGACCUUAAAGACCAUGAUUGGUUGCGCCGGUUAUAUAAUGAGCGGACGUUUUGGGUACCGGCAUAUCUGAAAGGUGUGUUUUGGGCUGGUAUGAGAACUACACAGCGGAGUGAAAGUAUGAAUGCCUUUUUCGAUGGCUAUGUGCGUCCGUCUACCACUUUGAAGCAAUUUGUUGACCAAUAUGAUGUUGCUUUGCGGAAGAAGGUUGAGAAUGAAAGUCUUGCAGAUUUCAAGUCUUUUAAUACUAAGCUUCCAUGUGUAAAAGUUCAAAAUGAAGUAGUUGAAGAUGCAUACUUGAAAGUAGUAACAUAUGUUGUCUACUUCAAUGAAGAUGAAGAUGAAUUUGAAGUAAAAUGCACAUGUGACUUCUUUGACUCAAGAGGCAUCUUUUUUGAUGCUUUGAGUGCCAAUCCCGAAGUACAAAGAUAUGACAGCUUGUGCAAAGGUAUGCAUACAUUAGCAAAGAUCGCUGCAAGAAACGUGGAUCACUACACAAAAGUUCGGACGCAUAUUGAUAUGUUGACCAAGGAAUUACGUGCUUCAAGUUGUGAACCUAGUCCACCUUCUCUUGCACUUCUAGGCGUAUCUUUAACAUGUAAUGAGUCCAUUGAUGAUGUUGAGUUGGCGGUAGAUGGUGAUGAGGUGCAACAGGCUCCAAGUAUUGUUGGAGAGCACGGCUUAUUUUGUAAUAUAAGAUGGGGUUAG